AUGCAACCGAGUGGAAGUUCUGCGUUUGGGAAUCCUGGACCUAGCAGCGGCGCGUUUGGCAGCCAAUCCUCUGGGAACGCUUUUGGCGCCACUGGCUUUGGGAGCAGUAGCAAUCCCACACCGUUUGCCAGUUCGUCGAAUGCCUUUGGAGGGAGUACCAACCCCACAACAACUGGCAAUGCUGCGCCCGCUCAGACAUCCCAUGGGACGGCGGUCUUCGAUCCUCAAGCGUUGGUGAGGACUAUGCCGCUCGACAUGCGUGAUUAUCUGCACGGCAGCAUGUGGCCUCUUACUUCCUACGCUGUAUUCAAGUUCGAGUCUUCUAUCCUCGAAGGCCUUGAUACCUCACCCGAGGAGGUAAGGUUGCAGUAUUACCAGCUGAGGAACACCCCCGGCGGAUUACAGCAGUUUGAAUCUAUGUGGAACAGCGCGUACAGUAACGCCAGAUCGCAAUACUCCGACGACCCCCACCGGCUGGCCCAAAUGCUCACAGAAGCCGACAGGAGACACAAAGCGCGUUUAGCCCAGUCCCAACCGGGCCCUACGUCCGCUUUUGGACCUGGAGGCAUGGGUGCUCCGCAGAGCGCUUUCGGCCCUGGAGGUUCUGGGAUGCCUCAGCAACAGAGCGCAUUCUCCCAGCCACAGCAGAACGCGUUCGGCCAGCCGGUGGUACAGUCGGCAUUCGGCCCUGGUGGGCAGGGCGCACCUCAGUUGAACGCGUUUGGACAGCCUCAGCCGAGCACAUUCAGUCAGCCUCAGCAGAACGCUUUCGGUCAACCCCAGCAGAACGCCUUUACCCAACCCCAGCAGUCGGCCUUUGGCCCUGGUGGAAUAGGCCCGGCGCAGAGUACCUUCGGUCAGCCUCAGCCAACGACGAAUGCAUUCGGUCAGCCUCAGCCAGUCAUAAAUGCCUUUGGUCAACCUCAGCCGACAAAUGCUUUCGGUCAACCGCAGCCAGUGCAGAACGCGUUCACCCAGGCACAACCAGCGCAGAACGCCUUUGGCCAGCCGCAACCAACACCAAACGUUUUCGGCCAGCCUCAGGUGCCCCAGAACACUUUUGGCCAGCCUCAGCCUGCUCAGUCAGCUUUCGGUUCCGGUGGUAGUGGCCAACCACAACAGACCGGCUUUGGCGCGGCGCCUACCGCCCCUACCAGCUUCGGACAGCCUCAACAGCAGCAACAGUCCAAUGAACCGAAGAUGUCGAUCAAGUUCCGGCAACGACCGCUCGUGCCCAACUUUAUCGUUCCAUUCCCAGAGAAAGAGGCAUGGACCCCUGGGCCUGUGCCAUCGUUCGACUCUCAUGCUGGUAGCUUAUUGCCUGCUGAGGUCAGGGCCAAGUACAAGAGGCCGACGUGGCCUGAGACGGACGCUGCGCGGAAGAACGUUGUAGAUGCAUCGGCUGCUGUGCCUGAGGAGUUAAGGAAGGAGUGCGAGGAUGUCUGGAAAGCGGACAAAUUCGACUACGGAAAAAUUCCUGGGAUUCCACCACCUAGCGCGUACCGAUGA